ACCAUAUUCCCCUAUUUUGAUUGGGUUAGGCAAGUCACAAUUUUCCAUCGCUUAUGUGUCUGUCUGGGGUGUCUCCCUCAUAACAACCCCUACCAUCCGCAACCUUCGACAUCCUUCGACAUCGUGUGGUCGCCAAUCUAGAUUAUCUCAUUAGAUCGUCUCGUACCUUGCAAUGCUCGCGAUAGAGGUCCUAGGAUACCACGUGUGCUCUACACCUGUUCCCGGGCUACCCCAUGCGGCGGCUUUCGACCACCAAAGUUCAGGGUUUUGCGCAGCAGCAGUCGUUGCAAAGACGGUGGAUGUUUCAGAAACUGGAUCUGACGGACGCGAUGAACUGUACUUCCCUGAGCUGGUGGGAGAAUCGACCGAGGAGGAUUGUUGUGAGUUGUUGCUGACUUUGUCUGCUGUUCUUGAGCGUGUCAGCUCUGCAGCAGAGGAUUCAGCAUAUGCAUCCCAUUCCCAGCGCUUGUCACCAUUUGACGGGCUUCGUGUGCCCCUCAUUUCGCUGCGGGACUACAUCCAGCGCAUCAGCAGAUACUCAAAGUGCAGCAACGUGUGCUUCUGCAUGGCAUUCUCCUACCUGCAAAAGCUAGCCCAGGUCGACACAGUGUACAGAUUGACAAGAUCCAAUGCGCAUCGCCUAGUGCUGACCAGCGUUCUGCUCGCUGCCAAACUGAUGGACGACAAUCUGUACAACAACGCUUACUGGGCAAAGAUUGGGGGAGUGUCAGCGGCAGAGCUGAACGAGCUGGAGUUGCUGAUGCUGAAGCAGCUGGGAUACAGCCUGUGUGUGAGUGAGGAGCAAGUGGCACACUGCCUGCGGCAGCUGAAGGUCUUGGCGCGCACGCCUCUGCAUGGAGGCGUGCUUCGGCGGAGCAAGAAACGUGUCAUAGGGGAAGCAGAGCCCCAGUGA